AUGAGCUCAAGCGCGAACAACUCACCUCUUCGUCAGCACGCCCAGGCACGCUUUGCCGCUGAUACGGGUCCAACCACUCUCAACGUGGUCACUGAUCCUUUCGUGCUGCGCGAAGAGACGCCAUCAGCCCCGGGCACCCCCGAGGCCCAAGAUAGCGCGAGUUGUGUCCCUGACUCGGGCUCUGAGCGAAUGGAUAGACUUGAGGGAUUCCUCGCAGGGAUGGCGCAGCAGCAAGCCCAGUUCAUGAAAAACCAGCUGAAGAUGCAAGAUCAGAUGAGCCGAAACGCUCAAGCUGCGCCUACAACAUCCUACGAGCAACCAUUCAACGGAUCAAACGCGUUUAUUGACUUUAUUCGAGCGCGUGACCGUCGAAUGAGGAUGGGCUCACUCGACUAG